UGUGUUGAAUUUUCGUGGCCACUGCUACGGACUCGUGCUGCGCUCUUUUAGGUAUCUGCCCUUCCGUUGCGUCUAUGAUUGCAGUCGAUGGCUCGAGCGCUAUUGAGAUGGGCUUCCUUCACUUCCCUCGAGACUUCCUCUCGUCUUCCUUUCGUCCAACUCCCGUGGACCCUUAAUCCCCGCGCCACAACCUUGGCCUUCUCCUCCUCCAACGACGCCGCCGCCGCCGCUUCCGCUUCUAACUACAUCCAUCUCUCCGACGAGCAGCUCAUGGCGCAGUGCGACAUGGAUACCUUCAAGGCCUCCGGCCCCGGUGGCCAGCACCGGAACAAGCGCGAGUCCGCCGUUCGCCUCUCCCACCGACCCACCGGCAUCGUCGCCCAGGCCGUCGAGGAGCGGUCACAGCACAAAAACCGGGCGAUGGCUCUGACCCGAUUGCGGACUUUGUUGGCUCUCAAAGUCAGGAAGCCAAUAGACUUGGAUGGAUACACACCUCCUUCAGAGCUUCUUCAGAUCCUACCUGCCAAGUCAACAAUUAGGGGAAAAGAUGUUGGUCCUCAGAUUGGUCCCAACAAUCCUAAAUUUGCUCUGGGAAUGCAGGCUUUGUUAGAUCUAAUAUUUUCUGUAGAAGGCUCCGUGUCAGAAACAGCAAAAAUAUUGGGGCUAAGCACCGGUGCUUUGUCAAGGUUGAUACUAUCAGAUGAUUCUCUUAGAGUGGCAGUAAAUUGAGCUGAGGACAUCCAAGGUAAAUUCUUGAUACUCCAAAUACCAUUUUGUGAGUUUAAGUAGACAAGGUUGUUUGGGUAAAACUUUUUUCCAUGAAAAGAUGUGGCAUCUGUGAGAUAUUAAUGAAUAAAUGUCUUCAUAAACAUUCUUGUAGGGAUGCCUUAUUGCAACAUACCUACAAUUCAUGUGCUUGCACUAACAAGAAAAUAUUUUUUGAAUGCCGGAAUUUGAUUUUCACAAUGAUGUUAACCUUUAAUAUUUCUGCAUUACAUUGUUGAACAUCUCCAGACUAUUGACUGAGUUGGAAAAUACUUCACAAUAUAAAAUAUGAUAAUAUCUAGAGUUGUUUGGUAAGUAUUAUGUAUGUUGAACGAUUUCCAUUUUUUGCUACUAAUAACAAUAAUAUGUCAAUAUUUGCCAAGAAACAUGUAUUUUCUUUCAAGGUUCUAUUGAGGACUUUCCAUCAUGACACUAUGCCAGAUUACUCUUGUGGUUUCUUUAGUUUAAGUAUGUAAUGAAGGACUCAGAGAGGCUAGCACACAUAUAAGAGAUGGAGCUGGAUAACAUAUGUUGCAUGAAGCAGAUUAUGGCAGUUAUCUAUUUGUUGACAGCAUUCAUUGAUUAUCCUUCAUAAUGAUAUUCAUCAAUUGCAUAGGGGGUUAGUUGUUUUAUCUGCAAAUUAUGAAGUUUCAUGAAAUGUUAUUAGGACUUAUUUUUUUAGAGGGGAAAAUAUAUGAGAUUGCAUAAUGACUAAAUUAUGUAUGUGGAUUUUCCAUGGCUACUCUUUGGUUCAAACUAUCUUCAAAGCCAUCUUAUUUCCCCAGGGUUCCUAACCUCCUAGGAGAAUGUCACCAUUUGCAUGCUUUACAUUUUUAAAUUCACCAUGCAACAUAUUAUAGUAGUGAUUGAAACUUGAAAGAUCAUAGGAUGAGAAGAUUAAAGUGGCAUAUGGAGAAGAAUGGUUUUUUUGUAGUAUACAUAAAACAAGUUGCCGAGUCUUCAACAAGAGCAGAAUUGUUUAACUGACUAGUAUGGAACUGGCAAGGGAGCACCUGAUAAUGGUUAAUUAAGUUUAGUGGAUCUAAAUUAUUAAAGUUGUCUUCUGUCUACUGGUUAGGCACAAUGUUUGCUUAGUGUGGAUACAAGUUGAAACCAAGGAGCAUGAUAUUUGGAGUCCUUGACUGUGGCUUAUGUUAUAUCGCACAGACUUGGACCAUAAUAAAUAUAAUUUAAAUGGCAUGUAUGACUGUGAAUCAGCAGAAUCCUUCAAGUUGCUCUUGUAAAUGUUUUUGUUGCUUAUUAAAACUUUAACCCUUGCCAAUCCAUCCAAAAGCUUAAGAAGAUAGAUGAGACAAGCCUUUUUCAUUUAUAUCAUUAAUACCCCCUCACAUGUAGGGCAAAAUGGUUGAUAAAGCCUAGCAUGUUGGUGAUGAAGUUAAAUUUUGUAGCAUUUGUAGAUCCAGACAAAGGGACUAUUGCUUUAUUAUCAUAUUAAAUCUUAA